CACUCAGCCUUGCCACAGCUGGCGGAAACACCACUCGUGACAGUUUUCCUCUGCAUCAGCUGGCCGACGCUCUCUUCUUCACUGUAGGCACCGGUAUUUGGCUGCCGCUCCGAGUCCUCAGUGCACACACAGGAGUCGGUCUACUUGCUUCAUAUUUCCAAUGGCGGAAAACAACGGUCGGGGUCACUUCGUCAAGCCGUUCCAUCUUGGGUCUCAGGUCUCCGACUAUGUGGCCAGCCACAGUGGCCGGCUGAACCCGGUUUUCGAAAAACUUAUCCACGAGACACAGAAGAUGCCUCGUGGUUUCAUGAUGAGCGACACGUCUGAGUUGCAACUCUUCCAGAUCCUACUCAAGGCUAUGGGCGCCAAAUAUUACUUGGAAAUAGGCGUAUAUACUGGCGUGAGCGCAUUAGCAGCUGCCCUCGCGCUCCCACAAGAUGGACGAGUCAUUGGGUUGGAAGUCAACGAGGAAAGCGUCAACGUUGGGAGGCCCUUCUGGAAAGAGGCUGGGGUCGAUGGCAAGAUUGACAUCAUGAUUGGUGCAGCCAGCAAGUCACUUGAUGAUCUGAUCGCUCAAGGCAAAUCCAACUUUUUCGACUUCAUAUUCAUCGACGCUGACAAGUCGUCUUACGACGAGUACUACGAGAAGAGCCUGAAGCUCGUCAGGCGCCACGGCAUCAUCGCUGUCGACAAUGUUCUUUGGAAAGCGAAAGUGUUCAACCCGGCUAUCAACGACCCGGUCACGGAGUCCGUGAGGCGGCUGAACCACAAGCUGGCUUCUGACGACCGCGUCGAGAUCAGCAUGCUGACCCUGAGCGACGGCGUCACUUUCGCCUUGAAGAAGUGAACGGAUGACCUCGCUGCCGGAUUCGUCCAAUACGUGCUCACCCUUCGGCGUCUGUCACGGCCGAUCUUUGUUUAGGCACAGAAAAGUUAACUCUAUACACGUGUUUGAUUACUUCACCAAUGGUUCUUGCAACGGUGGCUUCUUUUCUUGCGAUGCUAUUAUGUUCUUAUCUUUAAACAAUUUGCGCUGUUU